AUGAAGGGUUUCACAGCUGUCCUCCUCAUCUGGACUCUGAUUUCUCCCAGCAGCAGCGAUGGCAGCAGCGGUGGCAGCAGCAGGGAAGCCUGGCCCACACACCUGGCCUGCAGGGAGGGGGGCUUGGAAGUGCUCUACCAGAGUUGCGAUCCAUUACAGGAUUUUGGCUUUUCUGUGGACCAGUGUUCCAAUCAAUUAAAAUCAAAUCUCAACAUUAGAUUCGGAAUUAUUCUGAGAGAGGACAUCAAAGAGCUGUUUCUCGACAUAGCUCUUACCGCUAAAGGAUCGUCUAUUUUGAACUUCUCCUAUCCCAUCUGUGAGGAGGACCAGCCCAAGUUUUCUUUCUGUGGAAGAAGGAAGGGAGAGCAGAUCUACUAUGCUGGCCCUGUCAAUAAUCUUGGAGUGGAUAUUCCCAAGGGAGAAUACCACGUUUUGCUAGAACUGUAUACUGAAACUCGUGCCACCGUGGCCUGCGCCAAUGCCACCAUCAUUUCCUCCUGACUGUGGCCUGCAGCAAAAUCACAGCAAGCUCCUCUCAAGAGAACUCCCAGCUCCUCAGACUGAACCUACCGCAUAAAAACCAGCUGACAACAGACAUCGGCCCUGCAAAGAAGACCCCCAAGAGCGCAGCUGCUCAUUUUAGCCCCAGGACCAGACAUCUUCAGACUGCACAGAUGUAAGGAAGCCCCCAAAUUAUCUGCUUCCAAGGAGCCUCUUGGGAG